GCAGCAGCCACAGGAACAACAACAAAUACAGUUGCAAAUGCAGCAACAACAUUCCCAGCUAAUGAAUCGGCCUCCGAUUUACACACAACAACAGCAACAGCAGCAGCUUCAGUUGUCGCAGCAACAGUCGGCAUUGCGAUUGCCAUUGGUGACAUCACAGCAGCCGCAGCCGCAGCAGCAGCAACCGAUGGGAACGAAUGUGUCAAAAGCUGGCUUCAGUCAGGAAUGGCAGCCGCUGCCGAUGGAUUCGGCCACCAAAUCUAGCUUUCAGGAGUUUGCCCGUUAUCAAAUGCAAUACAAUCUCAGUCAGCAACAGCUAAGCGGCAGCAAACCUAUGGAAACGGUGCCACAGGAUCAGCAACAAUCGUCUAUGGAUGCGGCGGCGUCGUCUACAUCCGUUGCUGACUCAUUGGAGCUGGGAAAUUGUUUGGUGGAUCUGCCCGAUUUAGCCAAGAAUGAUCUCGAUUCGUUGCUACCGAGUGAUCUCGAUAGUGCCCUGUUCGACACGAAGCUAGACGACCUCGAUGAUCUCGAUCUGAUGGACCAACAGCAACAGCAACAGCAGCAGCAACAAUCCUCCGUCGAGAGCCUAGCGAUCGGGGGCAGUGCAGCUUUGCCGGAGGUUCUACUUGCUGGAGCAGACGACGGAGGAAGGGUGAAUUUGGCCACGGUAUCGAAUAUAGUGGGAACUUCAGCAUCGUCGUCCGCUGUUAGCUCCGUCGCUGGAGCGGCUGCUAUUGGAGCUUCCGCUGGAGCAAACGUGUCCGGCGAACGUCGUCGCAAAUCACCUCAAAUCCUUGUCAAUCCUUUAACCGGCGAAUUGGAGGAAGCUCCGCUAGAGGAAAGCGCUGAAGUUGGCGACGAUGGUGCUGGUAAAGGUGAUGCAGCCGCGGUGAGUGCAGCGAAACAUGGCAAACUGCUGAUUAGCGGCUCAGCGCGCGUUCCCGAUUUCCCACCGGAAAUGGCCAACUCAUUGUACUCAGACGAUGACACAAGUGGUGGCAGUGCUGGAACGUUCGCAUCGCGCUUUCCUUCUUCCGACGUGAGUGAUACAGACAAUGUGACGAGCUUUGGUGGUAUGAUGCACAUUGGUAGUGUCUCGAUGGCCGUUACCGGUGCCACUGGCAAAGCGAGCAAAACGAAGAAAGGUGGUCGAGUGAAAACGGGUGUUGGUACGAAGGAGAAAACCAAGGACAAACCGCGCGAGAGAGCGAAAGCGACAGGGUCUCUGAAAACCGCGAAACAAGUGAAGGCGAAAGUGCUGUCCACCUCCAUCGAUGGGGGCAACAGUUCACCUGCGAAGGGAGGAAGUGGCGGUACAGAGAUCAAGCUUCGUUUGAAGCUGGAGAAACCGACGGAUUCCUCGAUCAUGGUAACGACCGUUCCGGUCGCUGGACGAAACGCUACCGGAACCAUGGUUACCACCAGCCUCCAAUCGUCGUCAAACGUAGGAACUGCUGUAACUACUACGAAUGCCACUUCCACGGUCGACCGAACUACUGCUAGCGAUCAAAUCGGUUCAAUGAUUUCGAAUCCAACUAACAUUACUCAUCAGGCAAUUCAGCAAUACGGUGGUAACAGUAAUCGCAGUUUGACAGAUAAAUACACCAUCGCAUCUGGUACGCCGACAACGACGACGAGUACAACUAUGUCGGGGACCGCAGCUCAGCAACCCGUUGUUAGUGGUAGCAGCACUUCAACCAUCAAUUCCACCAUUGCCGCUGGCAACGUUCAGAAUCCUUCUCCCGCUGGCGAGGAGUUGCGAGUGCCACCACUACACAUCAGCUUGCGAGGGAAGAACUCUGUUGUGAUAAAGAACGCGCGGAAGGAUCGAAAGAAAAGUCAAAGCGGUGGCGAAGAAGACAGCAGUGACAACGGUGGUAGCGGUAGCAGUGGUCCUUCAAAAGUCGUUUCAGCUUACAGUAAAAGUAGAGGCCUUACGGACAGUAACAACAGUGCGACAAAUAGCUCUUCGACAGCUCCAAGUCCACCCUCGACCUUGUAUCAACAGAAUCACAUUGGCACGCCAUCGGUAGCAGUUGGUACGAAGCUGCAGGGGCGAGACGUGGAAGUACCGACCGAUUCCGACGGAGGAUCAUCUGCACCAACGUCGAAUAAGCGCCCAGCGGCUGAUGCGCUGACUCCCUCCUCCACUCAUAGUCCAAACGGAAUCGUGUGCCCGGAGAAGAAGCGACGGUUGAGUAAUGGCACUGCGAGUAUGAUCACGACCGCGGGCACUGUUGCUAGUGAUGCCAAUCAACCUGAAGUGAAUGUCACUGUCGUGUCCUCGGCAAGCUCAGAUAGUUCUGUGACCAGCGGGGUCACGGCUGUAACAGCCGGGGUUCAAGAAAUACACGAUAUCUAUGAGUCCUUGAUCACCACCUCGGCUAGCGGACCGAUCGGUUCGACGAACAUCGGCACGGUGAUUCCGUUGAAUUCUGCCACAAAUGCCACAAAAAACUCGAAAAGCUCCGGUGCGAACAGCAGCAGUAAUGGUACUGGAAUGAGCAGUAGUAGUAGUAGCAGCAGCAGCAGCAACAACAGCAACAUCAACAGCAACAGCAGCAGCCUCAUCGCAACUACUUCGACUGCUCUGAUCAGCAACACUAGCAUCUUCAUCAACAACAAUAACAACAAUAACAACAAUAUUAACAAUAAUAGCAGUAAUUAUGGAAAAAAUCAUAAAAAUCUUACCAUCAAAGCAAGCUCUUCGUCGUCACCGGGUGGGGUGGAGUCAACUGCCGCCGAUACGAUGGUGGACGUCAACGAUGCAACAUCCACUGGCCAGCCCGCUACAUCAAUGUCAUCACCAGGAGCCGCUGCAGCGCCAGCUGCUACUGCACUGGUAACUGCCUCGCUAGAGGCAGAGGGUGCGACGGCGAGAACCACAACCACAUCAUCUACCUCAAGUGAGCACACCUCCAAGGACGACAGUAGCGAACAGUCGCCAUUAGUGAACCAUCAUCAUCAUCAUCAUCAUCAUAAUUAUCACAUAGAGGAAGAACAUCAUAGCAUCAAUCGACCACCGGAGCAGUUGCUCGCAGACGGAGCGGAAUCGAAUGCACUCUCUGGCAAGGAUGCAGCGACGGUAGCAAGCGAACCGAACAAGGAAGGGCAGGAAGAAGGAUUAAAAGCAGUGGAUAGUAGAAAAUCGUCUUUAUCGACUGGCCCCUCAACCACGUUAACGCCGACGAUGACGACGCCAUCGUCCACAGUGAUGACUACAGCGGCCGUGUCGGCAGCUGCAGCAGCGGCGGCGGCGGCUGUGGUGGCUAUAGGAGGAGUUAAUCACCAUCAUCUUCUUGGUCACGGCAAUGUGCGGGGUUCACCCGGAUCUCAGGCGCAGGGUGAAGACAGUGGCAUCGAAUCGAUGGACGCCCUUUCGGAGAAGAGCCCCCAUCAGUUGUCUUCGCUCAGUCCACAGGGAAGGAAUGCCAAUGGUGGCAUUGGUGGUUGUGGCAGCGGAAACGGCGGGGCGAGCAGCGUUAGUAGCAACAGCAGUACGAACGGUGGCAGCAGUAGUAGUAGCUCCAGUGGCAGUGAAGUGGCCUGUGACGGCAAACAGAUGCUACAGAUCGGCGAUACGCCGGAAGACGAUUACCAAGAGAUCGAAGCGGUGCUGGCUAAGAUGGAAGGGCUGAACGACGGCGAGGCGAAGCUGAACGGUGAACACUUGCCGGUAGUCCGCUCGGAAACGCUCCGGAAAUUGCUGCAACAACAGCCAGAUCCCGAAUCGCUAGAUCGAGCCAAUUUGAGCAAGAUUCUGGAUGACAUUGAAGUAGAUCAGGCACUGAUUGUUACUGGCAACGGUUUGCAAGAGGAUAGUUUGCACGGCGAAAACCACGAUGAACCGUCCAAAGUCGUCCUGCAGAAAGACGUAGAAGAAGCAGUGCAACCGAAGCAAUCGGCCACUGUGAAGCGCAGAGUGACAGAGGAACGGGAUGAGAUCUCCGAGGUCAAAAGUAAAAAACCCUUGGCAGCAGCAAACUGCAUUGUACCGUCAGUGAAAGGUGCAAAAGUCGAAAUCAACAGCAACCAUACGGACCUGACGGAAAUGGUUAUGUUGGAGGAUCGGAAACAGCAGCUAAACGCAGCCAAAAUCCUAACCGACGAGGAUAGCUGCAGCAACAACAAUAGUAAGGAUAGUCCUAGUGUGAAAAGCGAAUGUGAUAGUAAAGUAAUGAUACUAGUUGAUGGUAAACAACACUUAGUUAAGUCUGAUCCCGAGGAGGCUAUCGUUAGUAGUGUAAGGAAGGGUUUGAGGAAAUCUUCCGACGAGCAAGCUGUAGUAAUUUCAGCCACUACUGGCCUGACCGAGAUGCGCAACAUUUCUCCAACGCCGAUCGUAGCCGUUGUUAAUAGCGUGAAGAUUGAAAGCGUAUUGCCAACAUCGCCCCUGACAGCGGUAGUGACAUCAGUGGCCACUGCUGCCACUGCUAGUAGCGAGGUAAAAGCUGAACCUAAAAGUCCGGAUACGGGCGAGCCAUUGAUCGAGCUGAAACCACGCCACGAGCAACCCCCGUUGUACAGCUAUUCCAGUGGAAAGGCUCGCGAAAGACGCACGGCAGCCGCAGCCAGCGAUGGCAGUCAUCCGGGUGGGGUGGUAAUGGAGAAUACGUCACGACGGAACUCCUGCGCCUCUCGAAGCUCGAGCGUCGACAGUGGUGGUGAAGCUGCUGCUAUGGAAGCGGAAGAACAACCGGAUCGAGAAUCGCUAAUAUCUUCGUCGCCAGCUCCAGAAGCCUUGACAGUAGAAGAGCAUACAAAACUGUCGCCCGGGAGUGCAGAUGAAGCAUCAACCCAGUGUAAUGAUCUCUCACAAGGACCAGCACCACUAACUUCAGCCUCAUCGACGUCUGCUUCGGGUGUGACGACAACAGUGGUUGAAGAAAACCAAGCGAAGGGUAAAGCUGACUCGGAAGCCAGUGGCAAGGAAAUGUUGACGCAACUUUCGAUCGAGAUCCCAUCUCAAACGGACAGUGGGGAGCAUCGCAUACGUACUAGGGCCUCGAGCAAACUUGAGAGUCCGCUAGAGCUUCCUACCCGGCAAAGCCCUCUGGCUACGACAUCGUCAGAGUCGACAAGCAUUCCAGCAACUACUUCUGCAAGCGGAUCCGCCGUCCCAACGCUAAAAGUGGCAGGAGGGGGAGGAGGGUGUACAACAGGCGGCGGAAGUAAUGGUAGCACCCCGGCCAAGCAAUCUGGGAUUCAUCAUACACAUUCCUCUACUAUGACUGGCGGCAGCUCGAGUACAUCCACGGCUCCAGCGACGACGGCUAGUAGCGGUACAAAUGAACGAACAAGUCCCAAGGGUUCUGGUGCAUCAAUUUUUUCCAAGACGUCCGGUACUUUAGCCAGCAACAAGCGGAAACGUCAAGGUUCGGAAAGCUCGACACAGUCCACCAUAAGCGAGAACGACAUUGUACCGACGCGAGCGAAAAAGGCGCGCAAAGCUGUGGCGGUCACGACAGCGAGUGCAGGGUCGUCAAGCGGAAACGUUGUUGGAUCAUCUGGAUCUCAGGAGUCCACCGGUGGAAAGGUGCACCAGCGCAGAUCGACAGAGUCGAUUGCCAAAGGGCGAAUGUCACGGAAAGCGGCUGCUGCAGCAGCGGCAGCAGCAGCUGCAGCAGCCGCCGCCGCAGCAACAGCACCAGUACCAGCGACUGUAUCACCAGCCACAGUGGUGGUCGACUCCUCUGACAGUGACGAACCGCUGAUCGAAAUUGCGGGUAAAGCUCGAAACUCUAAACUAACAUCCAAAUCCAGCUCAACAACUUCCAUCACCUUUAGCAAUGCAACCACUACUUCCACUGUCCAAACUACUAGCGAUACCUCUACUACUUCUACCAAUUCUACUCCUGCUUCUAUUACUAUUACUACCACCACUACUACUAUCAUCUCUACCACUAUCAACAACGCUAGUAUUACUACUACUACUUCCAAUACUAUGGCUACAAAUGCUACUUCGUGCGCUACGACGACUACUGCCUCGUACAAAGCGACCAUGGCUAGCUCAGUUGCCGAUUGUACUACUACAGUGUUCAACUCUUCAACAACAGGUGCUGCUGGCGCAACGGGUAGCGGUUCUACGAUCGGUAGUCAUGGCACCGGCAGCGGUAGCGUAACACCUCUGCAAAGCUCGUCGUCCUCAUCACCUGCCUCGUCGACAUCAGCAUCCCCGUCACCUUCGUUAAUGGGUAACGCAACCGCUACGAUACAAAAAGUGGUCGCCGCUACCGUUGCACAUGGUGGAUCCGCGGUAGCUGAACGUGAGAAGUUAGGUCGGAAUUCUCAAAACAAAACCUCAGCAGGAGGAGGGGCGUCUAACGUGGUAACCGCUAGUGCAAAAGUUGCCGGUCAUACGCACGGAACUGCCCCACAAACUUCGUCGGCAGGAGGUACCGUUCCUUCGUCGCCCACUUCGAGCAGCACCACGACCACAGGACCAGAUAGUAGUACUGCAACGGGUACUACUAGUGUCACUACGUCUCCCGUGGUUAGUGGUAGCCAAAAAGCAUCAGCCACUACGUCCGGAUCUGCCACUCCCGGUUCGUCUAGUGAUGAGAAAAUCAGCACACGCCGAAGCGUACGCAUGACGUCAUCCACGCUCUCGACAGCAGCAAUGAACAAUAAGGCUAAGGCGGCAGCGAUGCUGAAUGCGGCGACUGCUGUGGACAGUAAUCACGUAGGCACCACCGUAUCCAGUAGCACCAGUAGCAACUCGACAGUGAGCAGCUCCACCACCGGAACCGGAAGCAAUACGAGCAAUGCGGUUGUUGGUUUGACUGCGAGUGGAAAUGUGGGCACGACCAGUGGUAUUGCUGGCGGUGGCAGUGCAAAUGGAAGUCUUAGCAAAUCUACCGCCAACCAUGUCAACCAUCAGCACCAUGCCGUUGGAGGUUCGAGUCUGAAGAGCACUGCUGUUGGUGGUGGAUCUACCGAAAGCAAAGCCUUAGCCAACGCUGGUACGGGUGGCACAACGCAAACCGUCGCUGAGACCAGUACCACGGUGGAGUUGCGUCGGAAAACGCGAAGUGCAGCUGGCCUAGAAGUGAGCAUUACGGAAGGACGCCGUCGCCGCAUUUCGCGUGACAGCAAGUGACCAAUAGUUUACGCCUCAACCGAACGCGUAUCUGGAAGCGGUCGGCGCAGGCCUCACAGUAUCACAACAACCCUGGCAUCUACUUCCAUUGACUCUGGUCAUCGAAUCGGUGCAGAUGAGAACGGCGGACACAUUCCAAUGAAUAUGCAACGCAGCCGAUACCCAGCUAACCUCUCCAGGCCAUUGGAACGGCGGAAUGACACUGAUAGCUCCUCCUGUCUCGUAAAAGAGUCCAGCCUGUCCCGUUAUCUUCCGCUUGCCGACAACGUGACGGUUGCCGAGGAUUACACAUCGAUCAAGGAAGAUAGCCGGGGCAUGAAUAGCCGCACGGCUGCUGAAAGGCCGAAAGCAGAAUCCAUGGCCGACAUACGAGCGAGGUUACAACAAGAACAGAGCAGAUCGAGAAAAUCAAUCACCAUCAUAAACACUGGUCCGUCAGCAACUGCUGGAUGCUCCAUGAUCGGUGCAGACACUGAAGACGAUCCAACAGCCGCGGGAUGUGUCGAUCAAGUACGGUUGGACGACGAAUCAGGUAACAGUGGAGAGACAAAUAACGGGGACGAUGAUUCGUACACCAGUGAGAUUAUUCUGACAACCAACAGUGACUGCAGUCUGGACGAGUUCGUAUCGUCCGAUGACGAUAGCAAUCUGGAGAUUUCCGUGGUAACGAUAUCGUUGUACUGAAUGAUUGCUGCAUCACUCGCUACUGACGAUCAGAUGCGUAUCACGACCACUAAGUUCUACUUUCUUUCUUUUCUCUUUUGUUUGUAACAUUUUCAUUGACUAUACCCUCUCAGUAGCUUAAACAGUAAAACGUUUGUUUCGCAGGAUUGUUUUACUUUUUCGUUUGCGUAAUUCUUUUUCGUUUUGAUUGGCCGGUGUUCGAUUGACGUAAUUUCUUCCAACCUCGAUACAGGUUGCUCUUGCUAUCUUCGAAGGCGUUUCGAUGAUGCUAUUCGGAAGCUUCUUUUUCUGUUUCUGUUUUUCUUUAUAAUAAUUUCCGUUCCCGAUUUUUUAUGCGUUGUGAAAGUUUUGUGCUCUCUUUUUCUCCAUGUGUCUCGCUCUAUCUCUCAGUCUUGCGCGCGUCAAAUUGUAAUUCUCAAAUUGUUCAAACUCGCUGCAACCACUCACUUUAGGACGUACAUUAAGAGAACAUUUCGAGAUGCUACGUAAUGGGCUCCACUCAGUCAGGGAUAUAGUGUAAAGAAAACGAAGCGUGGCUGCCAAGCAUAGCAGCAAACAUUUUGGCAGCAUAUAGCACCACUUUCGGCAAAACCUUAACAGUGAAUCGAAAACAACUGUUACAAAAAAGUGUCUUAUUAUAAACAAGUUAGUUUGAAAUUGUACGGUGCGCACGAGAAGAAAAACUAACAAUCGAACGGGCUUUAGAGAGUUUGAUGAUUCAGGCACCAAAACGAAAUGUACGAAACCGAAAGCAAAUAGGAAACAUGUUAACUUUGACACCGGUUUGACCCCUCCAUCUCCCAUUCAAUGAUUAAAAAACCUACAGUGUACCGUACCGCUUGAGACAGCGUUUAAGACGCACUUUUUAGAGCAAAUCUCGGAUUAGUUGCAAGCAUUUAUUGCCAAGGGAGUAAGAUGUAUGUUACAAAUCUAAAACAGCAGGUUUUUUUUGUUUUGUGGGCAUUGCAUUGCAAAUAGGCACAGCAGAGAUCUUGGCGCAAACAGAUUGAGAGUAGCUACACCGGCUGUAUAGCAUACAGCUAUAACCAACAAUUGUAGAAAUACAACACACAGACUAGCUGAGAGUAUUUUCAUUUAGCCCACAGGUACACGUUUGCUACAUUUAUUGCUCAUAACCGGCAGUACAUCAUCAUAGUUCAAGAGUGCUUUUCGGACUAAAAAGUUUGUGAGAGUUAUUUACUUUGCAAGCUUACAAAUGCGAACCUCAGGUGCGAAUUGAGAAUGGAAACAUUUGCAUACAAAACAGAAAAGAAACAAAAUGAGGAUUUGAUUAGCAUCACUCGGGCAACAAAACGGGCUCUAGAGAACGCUCAGCAAAAUCUUAUAUGUGCAAUAAAUCGACUCGGUUCCAAAGAAUCUGGGCGGGAGACAUUAAGCCGUUCUGUGCUUUCCAGUUUAAGAAACGGAAGUUGCAAACCAAUUACCAAUCGUUUGAGCGUUUCUCCUAGGACUAUAUGCACCUCACUGGUUCAUGUGUUUUAUGCAAGGACGACGAUAAAGUUCCUUUUUGCAAAUUUACUUAUUUUAAUUCACAAAGCGGCACAGUUUCCUAGGAUUCCAUAACAGUCGCGAGAUUCGGAUUGAUCCGUCGCCAUACAUUUCUUUCGGUGUUUGGUGUUGCUGUAACCUUGCGUAUGCAAUUGACGCUUGAAGAGAACAGAUUGCAGACAGUUAUAGAAAUCAGAACCUUUUUAAGCCCAUUUUGUCGGUCUCUUCUGUAUAGUGGAAUAAUCAACGGCAAAUUCCUUUGAGCAGGACAAUUUGCGGGCCACCGUAUCAAUCGAAACUAGUACGAAAAGGGUAAAAUUAUAAAACAUUGGCUUCAAACAACACGCAGAUCAGACACAACCGGUCAAUAGAUUAGAGUAAUUUAUAUUUAUGGGUAUGUUUAGUUCACGGUACGUAACACGAAUUCUUUGGCCCAGGUUCAGAGAUAUGCAGUGUUGUGCUUUAUGUUACGGCCACCAGGAUAAGCGAGUAAUGGCUUGAUCAUGUUGGCCAGGGUAGAGAGAACCUACCGAAGAGCUUAAGCGUUUGAUUGUAGAUAGAAACACGGGGUGGGUUCUGUAAGAAACAUAUAGGUGCACAGCAACAUAAUAUUAGUUUUUUCUUUCUCGUAUAUGAGGCAAGCUGAACACAUUUUUGUUUGUAUUGUUUGUUUCCAUAGUAGUGGGAGCGUUAGUAAGACGGAGC